UCCGCUGGUUUCCAUGGCAGUGACAACUUCCCGGUAGCUGUGCAUUAAACCUUCUGCCGUCUGGCAGAACUUAUUUUCUCAGUGCUCGAGUUCUUUUUUUAUUUUACAUAUUAACUAACGUUUUUUUUUCCCUAAACAUCAAGUCAUUUGUUUUCAUAUCGAUUCUUAACGCGUUGCUUUUAAAAACUUGAUGUUGCUUCCUAACAACGUGACGCUUCGUCGUACACAAAUCGCCGCGUGCUCUGUAGGAUAAAAUCUGCAAAUCACUGUGCCUUCUCCCCUGAUACUGCCAUGUCAGAGGAAAACCGAAGAGCCGAAGAGGACGACCGCGGUCCGGGGUCUUCCUAUCAGAUGUUCGUUGUCAUGGAGGACUUGCUGGAUAAAUUAAAGCUGCUGAACUACGAGGAGGAGGUUCUCCGGAAAAACAACAUGAAGAGUCUGUCGAGACACUACUUUGCUCUUCCCACUAAUCCAGGAGAGCAGUUCUUCAUGUUCACCGCUAUCGCCGCUUGGCUCAUCAACAAAGCCGGCUCCCACUUUGAACAGCCGCAGGAGUACGACGACCCCAACGCAACGGUGUCAAACAUACUGAUGGAGCUCCGAAAGUUUGGUGGAGUUGUUGAUUUUCCACCUUCAAAGCUGAAGGCUGGCAAUGGAGAGCAUGUGUGUUAUGUUUUGGAUCGCUUGGCAGAGGAAGCAUUAAAGCAGACGCGGUUCAUCUGGAACAAACCUAAGUACCCAUCCGAAGCACCCGAAUCCGAGACUGUGAUGGAGGAUGAUGCCGAGCUAACGCUGGAGAAACUGGAAGAAGAGAUUGCACACGAAGAUCCAGAUGAUUAUGAAGAUGAAAAUGUCAUAGGCAUAGAGGCUUUGAAAGAACGCUCUCAUAAAAGCGAAAUCAUGGAGUCUUCAAAGCCAGAUGAGAUCCUGGAAUCUUCUACGGAUGCCACUGAGUGGAACCUGGAAGUAGAAAGAGUUCUACCUCAGCUGAAGGUCACCAUCAGGACUGAUAAUAAGGACUGGAGAAUCCACGUAGACCAAAUGCAUCAGCACAAAGACGGGAUUGAAUCAUCUCUGAAGGAUACAAAGACUUACCUUAAUAAACUCCAAGAUGAAAUCAGCAAGACUCUGGAAAAGGUAGCAAGUCGGGAAAAGUACAUUAACAACCAGGUGAAGGAUCUGAUCCAGGAGUACCGUGGGGCCCAGUCCUAUCUCAGCGAGGCAAAGGAUCGUUACCAGCAAGUGAGUGGUGGAGUAACAGAAAGAACCCGGGCAUUAGCUGAGAUUUCAGAAGAUCUUGAAAAAAUUAAACAGGAAAUGGAAGAAAAGGGAAGCAGCAUGUCUGAUGGAGCUCCAUUGGUGAGGAUCAAGCAGAGUUUAACAAAGCUGAAACAAGAAAUCGUUCAGAUGGACAUUCGGAUUGGAGUAGUGGAGCACACUCUUCUUCAAGCCAAUCUGAAGGAAAGGUCCGACAUGACCAGAGACAUGCAUGCCACCUUUAUGUUGGAUUCGACUUAUUAACAGAAAAAACUUUCCUUAGUUUACUGUGCUUGGGAAAAGAGGUACACCUUCACAAAAGACCCCUCAUAUCAUGGUCAUGCAAGGUAUUUCUGCAGUGGACAUAUAGACUGAAUGGUUGUUCCUGUUUAUGUGAAUUUUUACUCCCAUCAUGUAAAUAUUACCUGGAUAAAUUAUUCAUUUUUACCAUAAAGAUAAAUCAUUGUGAUAAAACAAUCAAGUGCGACCCUGAGCGAAACAACAAAUCAGAAGUGCCCCCCUUUGUGACGGACUGGCAUCCUGUCCAGUGUUUGGGUCCUGCCUUGCAAUGAAUGCUGCUGGGUAGGUUGUGAGCCCCUGCAGCCCCCAAAUGGAUCAAGUGAUUUUCAGAACAAUUGAAAAAAUCAGUGAUUGGAGUUAAUCGGCGAUUCUUCUGCUGUCCUGAGUAUCCAAUGUCACCUGUGUGUUCAAAUCAAAUCACUGAAAACCUCCAAGGUGACGACUGCUUUUCCUCCAUAAUAUCAAAUAUGAGCCUGUAAUGUCCUAAUUCAAAGUGUUUUAUGUAAAUGUAUACAACUACAAUAAACAUGAUGCUCUUUCAUUUC